AUGCGAUUCAAGCCUGUUCACCAUGUUUUUCAGAAAGGAAAUAGAGCUCAUACUCGAUUUGACUUACACUGGGACGAGGAGCAGAUUUGGGUAGAUGUGUCACAACCUGUGACAUUUGUACUUGAAGCGACCGACGGAUCCGCUGGCGACGAGACAACAAUCUUACCGGACUGCAAUACCCCUGACCCACUGCAUAUACCGCAUAUCCCCCGUCGAGAACCCCAAGAACGCUGCCCGGACGAACGUAUAGUUGAUCCUCACACCUCACGAGUACUGGAGAAUCGAUUGCAGGUCGCCACAAGCAGUCCUUUGAGUCAACUAUCAGAAGAUGGCAUUGUUUUAUCUUUAAGGGAGGCAUCAUUGAUGCGCUAUUUUAUUCACAAAAUUGCCCCUUGGGCCGAUAUUUGCGACAUUCAUUCCCAUUUCAGCACCGAAGUCCCGAGACGAGCGUUGAAAAACUCGUUGGUAUUGAAAGCGAUUUUGGCCCUCUCAGCACGACACUAUGCAAUAUUGGCGCAAGAUAGUGACUGGGAAGCUUCGGCUUACCAUGGAGAAUGCUUGAAGUUACUCAUAGCAGCAUUGAAUGAAGCUGAGACCCACUGCGAUGAGAACAUGCUCAUUGCGGUUGUGAUCCUCCGUAUAUAUGAAGAGCUGGAAAAUAAUACCGACCAGAAGUUUCAUCUACUUGGAUCCAAUCGCCUGGUGAACCUUGUCUCCCGCUCUGCAUCUUCUGGCGGGGUUGCAGAAGCAUACCAGCCUCUCCAACUGGAUAUGCAAAAUUACGAGUCCUCGUCGAUGUUUCAACGCCAUGAUGAUAUGGCAUACGCUAAUAUGAUCAUAUAUUAUUGCGCUCGUAUCCUUCAAUUAUGCUGUGAUACACCGGAACGGAUCGUGGACCGCGAUACCUGGCGCCAUAUAUCGGAAAGUGUUGAAGACUGGAGCCAAACAAAGCCGUCGACUUGGCAGCCUAUUCGGUACCAGGCCGCCAAUAUGGCCGCCGAUAGGCCCUUUCCUGAGUUAUGGAUGAUAUCUCCACCUGCAGUGGUUGGGAUGCAAUAUUACCAUUCCGCAUGUAUCUUCCUCACCUUGUCUGACACCCCAUCGCACCAUAUGAGUGAUUAUGAGAUCGCUCUGUCAAAGCGCGCGAAAGAGUUGGAUACUGUCUUCGAAACUCUGUCGAACAGCAAGGAUCUCUGA